CCCGCCCCGACCGGCCGACAGCGCGCGCGCCUCUCGCUCAGUGAUUUGGCUGACCGCGCCGAGUGAGUCGAGCGCCGCCGACAGGGCUGCUUGCGCUCGCCACCAUGACACCCGCGAGCCUCGCCGUCGUCCUCGCCAUCACCUGCGUCGCCCUUCCGCACGGCCUGCCGGUCGCGGAGGCGGCGGAGCAGCAAUGCAUCUGGUACGGCGAGUGCAACACGGACGAGAAGGGCUUCAAGCAGAACUGCGUCGACUCCCAGGGCCCGAGGAAGCUGACGGACGCGGCCGCCCUGGAGACGCUGCGCUCCGACUGCCCCAACCUCUUCAACGAGCAGGGUGAGGCCAUCACUUGCUGCGAUGCCGACCAGAUCGCGACGAUGCACGCCAGCUUGCUGAAGGCGGCUGCCAUCUACAGCAGGUGUCCGGCGUGCUUCCGGAACUUCUACUCCAUCUUCUGCGAGACGACGUGCUCGCCGACGCAGUCAGAGUUCCUGGAGGUCGUCGAGUCCAAGACCAGCGACAAGGGGAAGUACAUUACGGAGAUCAAUGCCUACCUGACGGCGGACACGAUGCAGAACGCGUACGACUCGUGCAAGGGCGUCGUCAUGCCCCAGAGCGGCAAGUACGCCACGGACAUCACCUGCGGGGCCUACAACUCCGCGACAUGCAACUCCUCUAGGUGGUUUGAUUUCGUUGGCAAGGGAAAUCCGCUGUCACCGUUCACCAUCAACUUCCUCAGCAACCGGGGUAUUUUUGACGACAUGAACAACAGAGAGAUCAAAACGCUGCGCUGCAACGAAACAUCCGAAGCGGCGACCCAGCCGUGCUCCUGUGUCGACUGCGAACUGAGCUGCCCGGUCUCGAGCGACGACAUGUUCAAGCCCAGGAACCCCUUCCUCAUCACGGUCUUGGGCGUCGACGUGUACGUGCUGGCGAUGGUGAUCGCGUACAUCGUGAUCCUGAUCGUGACGGCGGUCUGCGUUCGGAAAAAGAUCGUGAAAAAGAGGAGCGGCGUCGAAAGAGGAAUCCUGGACAACAAUCCUUCGGUGGGGUCCUCUGCUAACGUUUCGAGCAACGGCACCAUCGACGUGAGCUCAGACGCGGAAACCCCAAGCUGGCGGGAGAGAACUGGCUUCAAGUUCGAGACUUCCCUGGAAAGGGUCUUUACGGGUAUCGGGUGUGGAUGUGCCAGAAAUCCGGUACUCGUCUUUUUCAUUGCGUCCUGGGUGUUGGCGGGUUGCCUCGUGGCCAUCUCCAAGCUGGACAUAAUCACGAAGCCUGUCGACCUGUGGGCCUCCCCAACGUCACAGACCAGGAAGGACAAGGACUUCUUCGACUCACACUUUGGGCCAUUCUUUCGAGCCGAACAGAUUUUCGUGAAGGCGGUUGGCCUACCGGAGGUGCCUCAUGAGAUGCCCCAGGGAACUGUGAAUUUCGGCCCAGUUUUUAGCGAGGAGUUUUUGCUUAAAGUCUGGGAGCUCCAGAGUGCCAUUCAAGACCUGGGACGGGCCGAGGGCCACCCGCUGGAGGAGGUGUGCUUCGCUCCUUUACACAACGACUUCACGGGACCCGUCACGGUGGACAAGUGCACCAUCCAGACCGUCUGGGGCUACUUCCAAAACUCGAUGGAGAAAUUCAACAAGACGGGCGUGAAAAACGGCCUGAAGACCAACUACCUCAACGUUAUCUACGACUGCUUGCAGAACUCUUACGACCCGUCCUGCCUCGCACCUUACGGCGGGCCGGCCGAGAACCUUCUGGUCGUGGGCGGCUUCCUGAACGACGACAACAAGACCAUGGUUCAGGCCGACGCCCUCGUCCUCAACUUUAUCGUGAGCAACCACGUCAACGAUACGGAUAAUGCGGCCGCCGAGGAGUGGGAGAAAAGACUGGUGGACCUCCUCAAGCACUGGGAGGCCAACGAGAUGCCAGCGUGGAUGGACAUCGCUUACAUGGCCGAACGCUCCAUCGAGGACGAGAUCCAGAGGGUGUCCUACACGUCCUUCGGCAUCAUCGCGCUCUCAUACUUCCUUAUGAUCGUGUACGUGUCCUUGUCGCUGGGCCGCUUCACCACCUGGAGGCGGCUGCUGAUCGACAGCAAGGUGUUUGUCGCCGUGAGCGGCGUCCUAUCGGUCCUGGCGUCCUUGGCCGCCGCGCUGGGCAUCUUCGCACACAUGAACUACCCUACCAUUCUGCUGACGAUUGAGGCCGUGCCGUUCCUGGUCCUGGCCGUGGGCGUGGACAACCUGUUCAUCCUGGUGGCGACGCACGAGCGCCUGCUGAGCGCGAGCAAGGAGGCCCAGCCGCGGCCCUGCCCCGAGCGCAUCGGCCGCACGCUGGGCGAGUCGGGCCCGGCCAUGCUGCUGUCCACGCUGGCCGAGGGCAGCUGCUUCCUCAUCGGCGCCUCGUCGUCCAUGCCGGCCGUCAGGUCGUUCGCGCUGCUCGCCGCGCUCUCGCUCGCCAUCAACUUCGUCAUGCAGUGCACCGUGCUGAUGGCCGUGCUCGCCCUGGACGAGCACCGCAUGCUCUGCAACCGCCUGGACUUGUUCUGCUGCUGCAGCGUGCGCAGCGCGUCCCGGAUGAAGCGCGAGCAGGCCCGCGGCAGCCGCUUGGUCGAGCGCCUGUUCGAGCACGUGCUCGCGCCCGCGCUCAUGAACCGCUGGGUGCGCGUCGCCGUGCCCGUGUUCUUCGUGUGCCUGUUCAUAGGCACGCUGCCGUGCCUGCCGCGCGUGGACGUCGGCCUCGACCAGUCGCUCGCCAUGACCAAGGACUCGUACGUCUACAAGUACUUUGAGAAUAUGAAGGAGCUCCUGUCUAUUGGGCCACCGGUGUACUUCGUCAUCACCCAGGGACUUAACUACACCGACCCGGCCCACCAGAACCUCGUGUGCGGAGGCAUCGGCUGUAGUGCGGACUCCCUGGCCACCGCCGUCCAGUCGGCAUCCAAAUCGGCAGCCAUAUCUCACAUUGCACGACCUGCUUCCUCUUGGUUGGAUGACGCUUUUGAUUGGGCGACUCUCGAAAACUGUUGCAAGGAAUUUGCGAGCAACGGCUCUUUCUGUCCGCACAAUCGGGAAGCCCCGGAGUGCACUAGCUGCUCGGUCUCGGUCGACAAGUCCACCAACCGGCCGUCGGCAGCCGACCUGCGGAAGUACAUCCCGGGCUUCCUCACGGACAUACCCGACGAGAACUGCGCCAAGGGGGGCUUGGCGGCGUACAGCCAGGGCGUCAACUACGUGCUGGACGAGUACGGGCAGGCCGACGUCGGCGCGUCCUACUUCAUGGGUUACCACACCCCGGUGCGCACGUCCGCCGACUACUACGAGGCCCUGCGCGCGGCCAGGAAGAUCUCGGCCAAGGUGGAGAAGGCCAUCAACUCCCAGCUGGAGCUCGCGGAGCCCGUCCGCGUGUUCCCGUACAGCAUCUUCUACGUGUACUACGAGCAGUACCUGACCAUUCUCUGGGACACGGCCAGUUCCCUCAUCUACUCAUGGGUCGUGCUGGCGCUCGUCAUGACCCUCCUGAACGGGCUCGACAUGAGGGCGUCCGCCAUCGUCAGCGCCAUCGUCCUGGCCAUCGUCAUGGAGAUGCUGGCCCUGAUGACCGUGUGGGGCAUCCCGCUCAACGCCGUGUCGGCCGUCAACCUGGUCGUGGCCAUGGGCAUCGCCGUCGAGUUCAACUCGCACAUCAUGCACGCCUUCCAACAGUCCGUCAAGGGCGACCGGACAGCCAGAGCGAAGGAGGCGCUCGUUGAGACGGGGAGCUCGGUAUUUUCAGGAAUCUUUCUAACGAAGUUUUGCGGUAUCGUAGUGCUUGCUUUUGCUCCGAUACAAAUGCUGGAGGUAUUCUACUUUCGAAUGUAUCUCGGCAUGGUUCUCAUAAGUGCCAUCCAUGGUUUAAUUCUUCUCCCAGUCCUUCUUAGUUACAUCGGUCCUAAGGUAAACCAGGCCCGAGUUAACCACCACGUCGAGGAAAGCAGGCAAUUAGCUCUCUUAAUUUCAGAGAGCAAUACGUAGCUAAUAAAAAUGUGUAAUCUGGCAUAACUGUGAUAAUUGUUGCGUACAAUAAUUAAGAGAUAUAUUAAGCAGCACCUAUAUUAUUAGGUCAGCGCAACUAUCAAUACGUCAAUACGUUUUGCAACGCUGAGACUGACUAGGUAAGAUAAAUAAUAUUUUGUAAAAUACUCAAGCAGCCCCAAAAAACAAAUAAAACAUAAUAAUAUUUUGAAA